AUUUUAUUUAUGUUUUGCAUCACAUAAUUGAAAUUAGCGAAAUCUCAUGAACUACUGAAUAAAAUUAUGAUUAUCGUGCAACUUGUAAUUUCUAAUGCAAGUAAAAGUGAUUUGUGCUUAAUUAUUUUGUAGGCGACGCGUUGUGUGGGAAACUGUAGGACCUAUCAGAAAGAAUGUCCUUGAGGGAUAAAUGGGUUCGAAGAUUUUCUGUUGACGAGACACUGAAACACAAGGGUGGAUUUACUAUUUACAAGAUCACCUCUGUUCUGUUCCCACUUGACUCCCCCGAAGCUGUAACAGUUAUCUCUGUCUGGAAGAGAUAUAGCGACAUUCAACAGCUACACAAGUGCAUGAGCGCUUUACAUGCUGGUCUUCAUCUCAAAGGAACCUUCCCCUCACUAGCCAAAAGUAGCUACUUCAAACGGUUUCAACAAGAGGUCAUUGACGAGAGAGUGAAGUCAAUAAAGCUACUGUUGGAGUUCAUAGCAGAACAUAGUUUGUUGUUUACGAGCACAGAUUUUGUCAAUUUUUUGCAAUCAGGUUACCCGGAACCGGAGUGUUCGAGCGUGAUCAAUGCUAUCAGGUCGUCGUUACGGCUGCCGAUAGAAGACACACCGCCGCUGGAAUACCAAGACGAGGAUACCCCUACCGCGCAAGGAAUGCAGUCGCCUAUAAACAUGAGCAAGACAGACAUACAAGCAGAAAUCUCACAAAUUCCAAUAUAUGAAGCGGCCGAUGUAGAGCUAAGACUGUCGCCGGUGCUACCAAAGGCAAACAGCUUCGAGUCCUUGAGCUCAUUAGAAAGUAUUAGUAGCGAUUUAUAUGACGAGCUCAGUAAAAUAUCCGUACAAGACGUAAAGCCAUGUGUUAAGGUACUGCCAGACUUGAUAAAUUUCGAAAUACCCUCAACUUCGAAAAUGAAAGAUUAUCAUUCGGUCCUGUCUUUGUCAUGUACUAACGAUGGACAAGAGGGGAAGAAUGAGAGAGAAACAUAUAAAGUAUCUAAGAAUCAGACACUGUCUAACUUUGAUUUGAGAAAUGACUGUAUUGCAGACAAGAGUAUAUCUAACACUUUGAAUAGGAGUCUAACAGACGAUUGUGCGGAUACUUCAAAUGUAUCUGAGACUGUAAAGAGAGAAGAACUAGAUCGCUAUGUCGAUUCAACGUUAAGAAAGAGUUUUUCUUUGUCCAAUACUCUAACCGGCAGUGAAUCUGAAGAUGUUUGCGAUGGGCAAACGUUGCGAGAAUGUCAGUCUGUUUGUAACUCUAUCAUUAAAACAGAAUGUUCUAGUUCGGAUGUAACGUCGAGGCGAGUGUCUAUGUCGAGCAGUGUUAGUGGGAAGGAUACGGAAGACCGUUACGUGUUCGAGGCCGGGUAUCUUCUGAACCUGGCAUCACGCUGUGAGGAUUUGGGCGAUUAUAAGAAAGCAUUUGACUGCUACAAAUCAGCGAUUGAGAAAAUGCUUAUUGGAGUGCAAUCUGACAGAGACCCGGAGAGACGCUCCCUGAUCAAACAGAAGACCAACACGUAUCUGGCGUACGCUGAGCAGAUCUAUGACAAACACUUGAACGGCGCGUCCCUCGAAACUAACGAGGUGUACGAACGCGUCGUGGUGAGUUCGGGUGGCGUGCCCGCAUGCAUGCUGCGGCGUCCGUACGAGCAGCUGGCCCAGUACCGUGUCCUGACCGUGCUGAGUGGAAGACUCAUGCUGGUGCACAGCAGCGAGGACCACGACACGCUCGCUAUGAAGGUGAUCCAAAAGAUACCGCAGAAUCUAACGGAGUUUGACGAUUACUUCCAAAAAGCUCCGGACACGAAACAACCUGUACUGCCCACGAAUAUACCCUACAUGGUGCCGCUUCAAGCGUACAUCGAGACAGAGCAUUUAAUAUUCCUGAUACUGUCAUACGCACCGGGCGGGAAGUUAUUCGAUUAUAUCAAAAACUAUGCCAGAUCCAUCCCCACCACUCCCGCUAAGGUUAACUUGGAGAAUGUAUUUCGUAAAACCGAUAACGAAUUGGUUGACGGGAACCGAAAUAAGACUGAACUAACCGUUAAUGAAUUGGUUGUUAACUCUCAAAAGCUGUUGCAAAAUGUGGAUAAGGCUUUGGGUGAUAGAGAAGAUGAUAUAGAAAAUAAUAAGGGAGAGAGAGACAAUGAAGUGGAGAAGGAGAUCAGUAAUGUGAUAAUGUCGCGGCCACGUGACGUCAUCCCACCCUCUACCGUCCGCAAGUGGGGGGCGGAGAUCCUGACGGCAAUCGAGAGUCUGCACAACUGCGGCGUUGUCUGCCGGGAUCUGAAUCCAUCGAACAUCCUCCUCGGGGAAGGUGGUCAGAUAAUCCUGACUUACUUCUACUACUACCCAGACGUGGCAGUCAGCGUAUCGAGCCCGCACCGAGCGUACAUAGCGCCGGAGUUGUUCGCACGUCCGCUCGACUCGGCAGUCGACGACCGACUGAGGCAUGUUUGUGACUUUUGGAGCUUUGGUGCCAUUUUGUAUGAGCUCAUCUGUGGCGUGCCGCUGAGUGAACACAACCCCACGUUCACGAGUCACUCUCUGCUGCAACUGCCCGAGCAUCUGUCGCUGGAGGUGGAGACUCUACUGACGCAGUUGCUGACAUUCGAGCCCGCGGAGCGUCUGGGAGCUGGCCCCGGCGGCAUUGCGGAGAUCAAGCAGCACCCGUACUUCCAGCACAUUGACUGGACCCACGUCUACAACAGCUGGCUGGUCCCCGACUGAAUGGACUGUGUCGAUUUUAAGAGAAUAAGUGACGGGCAGAAGGCCCACCAUCAACUGUUGGUUGUUUGAUUCGUAAAGUUAUCAUCAUCACCGAAGAUGAAGGAUCCUGCGGUACCAGCAGUUUAAAAUGUUCGUCUUAUGUGCAAAAGUAUGAAUUGAACAUAGAACCAGUUUAAUAAGGCCCCUCUUUUGUACGCUAUGGUUAUCUGUACGGUGUGUAUAGGGCGCCGUAGCUAGUGAAAUUACUGGGCAAAUGAGACUUGGCAACUUAUGUCUCAAGGUGACGACCGCAGUUGUAAUGCCGCUCAGAAUAUUUGGGUUUCUCAAUAAUCCUGAGUGGCACUCAUUGUAGGCAGGGCGUAUCAAUUACCGACAGCUGAACGUCCUGCUCUUCUCAUCCCUUAUUUUCAUAAAAAAAUAUAUACAGGUUCUAACCUUUAAGUGUGACCAGGUGAUUAUUACCAAUACAGAUAUCUAACAACUUUAAACUGAUAUUUAAAGUACGUUACCUAAUUUGUAAAAUGACAUCAAUUACUUUUUAAAAAUCGAACGAAUCAAACGAGAAGUAUCCAAAUUUUUUAUACUGAAGACUCCCAUACCAUAUACAGGAUAUAUAUAUUGUAAGUUGAUUUCAUAACCACUAACUUCAAGUUGUUAAAACUCAUAAUGCAUCGUUACUUACUUCAUAGUGUAGGAUCGAAGUUAUGUCUAUAAUAAUUCAAUCUCUUAUCAAAACAAUAUGUUAUGUUUUUAAAGUGAUAACCCACACUUUCAAAUUCACACUUGAUUCAUUUUUUUUUUGUGUAUCAAUUUCUUUUUUACACGUUUACACGUAGAGUACAAGGUUACAAUUAAAAGUACGUCAUAAACAGUUAAACAGAAUGUCAUAAGGAUAUGGCGCCAUUUUUAACCAACUUCACAACGGUUCUCAAUUCUAUUUUUUGUUUUUUUUUUAUGUAUAUACACCGAGUACGCUGAGGUUUAUGAUUUAGGUUAUUCUUCUUUAGUUUGAGGCGGAAUAGUUGCCAUUUGGGCCCAUAAACAUUUAACAUAAUUCGGCGCAGUAGUUUUCGAGCAGCAUUUCGGAGUCGAUUCCUUUUUUUCGUUUCUUCAAACAAUAUACUAUUUAUGGCGCUAUUUAAACCCUAUCAGUAGGUAGCACAUAUAAAUAAUACUAAAGGUAUUAGGUUUGCAUAAGAGGUGUAUUAAAUUAAAUCUUUUUUAAGUUAUUUUAUAUUAUAUUAUUUUUUGGUAAAUAAUAC